GCACCCGCAGCUGAUCUCCAUAGUUCUCAGCAUACUUUACAAACAAAACCCCUGACUGAGAAGCCGUCUCGAUUUGUGUCUCCGUAUCCGUAGUGGGAAGACGGAUAUCGAUAUAGGAAUGUACAGUAUCCGUAAUCAUAAUGGCGCCACUUGCUUGCCGCUAUUUUUAUGUCGGAGCGCCAAAAGCAGAUGGAAGAUUCUAGGAUCACGUGCAUAGUGACCCAGUUUUUUUUUUCUCUUAUCGCUAAUCAGUUUGCAGAGUAUUUCUUUACCUCGAUUUCCAACCUCAUCCUCUCUUCUUUCACUCAUUCCUCACCUACACCUCCAACAAUUCCAGCAUCUGGACUCGCCCGUCUUGUCGCAAGUGUGGCCAGCCACGAGAGGGGUUUCGGCAAUGAUACUUCUUGCCGCGCAUCGCUUCGUCUUCUCGUGGCUGCGGGCGAGUCAAAGACUGGAUUUGGCUUGCGAAGGUUGGGCCCCGUCCGCGUAGCGGAAGCAGAAUUGCAUAGAGCAAAGCAAAGCAGGUAAGCCAAUGAUCGCUAUUCCUUCUCUAUUCACGUUCUCCUGCCGUUGGAUGAUGACAACCUGAACUUAUGUCUUCUUUUCCCAACUGAAUCGACCAUGAACGAAAGUCAGUCUGUCUCGGGCCGUCUCCUUCGGGAGCCGCCGGCCUGUUACUUGCCAGUAUUUUUGUCUGACAC